CCGCUAAAUAACCACACAGCUUGCGUGACGUCACUAGCGGGAUGCAAUAAGGCCACGCCCCUCCAGGCGUCACGCCGCGGUGUGUCGAUAGGAAAAUGUCAGGCCGUUCAGUGAGAGCCGAGACCCGAAGCCGGGCCAAAGAUGACAUCAAAAAAGUGAUGGCGGCCAUCGAGAAAGUCCGCAGAUGGGAGAAGAAAUGGGUGACAGUUGGCGACACAUCCCUGCGGAUAUUUAAGUGGGUUCCUGUUAUUGAUGGAAGAGAUAAAGAAAAAGUGAAAGGAAAUGCCAAUCUAGAAAAUACUUCAUCCACUGCCAACUCCUCGCUUCUGCUGGAUUUUCAAGAUGAAACCAGUAACCAAAGCUCCUUGUCAGAUGUAUACCAACCAAAGGUGGAAAGCAGCACCUCCAGCCCUAGCCCCACACAUAGCGAGUCCCCCAGUCCAGUGCACACAGCUGACUCACAACCUCCAACACUGGGACAAGAGAGUCUUGAUGAGCCCUCUGUGCCUGCUUCUGAGGUAGCUGAUGAACCCCCUACUCUGACUAAGGAGGAACCUGCUUUAACUGCUGCUCAGGCAGAAGAUCCGGAUGAGUCUGGAGCACCACCAUUGAAGAGAGUGUGCCCUGAUGUGCCUUCCAAUCCCCCCACUGCAUUGAAAAGCUAGUGCCAAAUGAAUAUAUAUUUCAACCUAUUGCUGUGACAGCAUUUGAAAGCCUUAGAUGACAAUGUUUGCACUGGAGGCUGGAAGUUGUGCAAUUACCUUUUUAAAGUGAGGGAACGAUGACCUGCCUCAUAGAGGCCCAGUCCAGAAUGCAAAGUGUGAGAGUAAUGUUCUACUCCAUUAAUCACAUUCGUCACUAGUACCAUAGGGUACUAAUGCUUGGAUCAUUUACAUAAAAUGCCAUAGCUUAUUGUGCCAUUAUUUCUGCUUUUUGACAGUUGCCCAUUACUACAUGUACAAUAUCAUGGCUUACCUAUUCUUAUAUGAAGUCUACAUAGUGUAUAAAUGCAUUACAGGUUCCCUAAGGGAUAAUUCUAAUGCUUUUUAGAUAUCUUUGAUUUGAUAUAUAAAAAAGAAAUGAUAAAUCCUUUGUAAAGCACAUAUAUUACACCGUUCCCUGGCAUAAACUAAAAGCUCCCAAAGUAACACACAUUUUUUUUUGGGGGGGGGGGAGGGGGAGAGAGACAGUGCAGUUUUUUUUUUUUUUAUCCUCCAGCAAAAGCAAGAAAUUGGUCCAGCAGUAAGGGGAAUUAUAAGGCAUUCCUUUAUAUUUCUACUUGUGACUUUGACUGAAAAACUGAAUGAAAAAUAUUGUGUGUGUGAUGCCAACCUUACAGCUCUUAGCCAGGGAAUGAUCUUGGAGCACUUGACAGAAGCACACUCAGUGGCCAUGGCUCUAUUUCCAUUAACCAGAAAAAUAUGGUUUUCCUUACCAAGCACUUAUAAAUUAUAAAAUUUAUAAUCUAGAAUAGGAUUACACUGCUCCAUUCCUUAUAGAAAACUUCUCUAUUAUGCUAUGUUUUAUAUUCCAUGUUCUUUUCUAGUAUUGAGGACAAUGGAUGUUGGAUGUGUUUCAUUACCAGAAAGAUAUUUUUAAUAAAUGGACCGACCUGUU